AUGACUUUGAAACUUGAAGGAGCGAAGAUUCUUGUGGAUGUCUCUCCAACUGUUUGUCUCCCUUCCUUGAAAACUUUGCAACUUCGAUUUGUGACAUACUUAGAUGAAGAUUCUCCUGGGCUGCUUCUAUCGCAUUGCCCUGUUCUGGAAGAUCUGCUUAUUGAACGAAAUGAUAAGUAUGACAAUAUGAGAGCCUUUGUUGUUAACGUCCCGUCUUUGCAGCGUUUAUACUUGCACAUAGGUCCUUCUUGUUCUUUUGAUGGAUAUUCGAUAGUUACCCCUUCUUUGAAGUAUUUCAAAAUUGUGGACCACAGAGAUUUUUACUCCUAUUUGUUCGAGCCUAUGCUAGAGCUCGAAGAGGCUGAUAUUGAGGUUAAGAAAGGUAUCGAGAAGAUUCUCGAAUCGAUCAAAUCUGUCAGACGUCUUUCAUUACGCUCAUGGAUCAUCAGUGGAGAAGAGCUUGAACAUUUGAAGCUACGCAUGUACCGAAAGGAUUGGUCGAAGUUGCUUGUUUGGUUUCUUGAAAAUUCUCCUAAACUGCGAGUCCUCAAUCUCCAUGUUGGUUGGGAUUCAAGAUAUAAGGAGUAUGAACCGGUUGACUUGAAGAAUAAAGAGAGCACUGUUCCUGAAUGUUUGUUGAGGAGUCUCGAAACUUUUGAGUUUUCAAGUUACAUGCAAACACAAGAGCAGAUAGAUUUCUUCAGUUUCUUCUUCAAACACGCUCGUUGCUUGAAGUCUACAUCAAUCAUUCAUCAAGUUCCAUGA